AAUGAAGCGAAGAGAAGAACCUGAAUACUGCAGCCCGCAGAAGAGGCAGAAGAAAAGGAUAGAGGAGCUGGGCCUGACCCUCAGCUCCACAUCAGAUGAUGAAACUCAACUUAGUAAUCAUGCAGCUCAAGAGUCUUCCACCGCAAGCAGCAGCGAAUCUGACAGCGAGAGCAAUGAGAGGCGGCGUGCCGGUGGCACUUUUGGCGAUAAGUUCGGGGCAGACCAUCUUGUGGAGGACACACGCUCCCGUUACGCGAUGUAUAGCAGCGUGUCCCAGAAAAUCAUGGCCAAGAUGGGAUUUAAAGAAGGUGAAGGCCUUGGGAAGUAUGGCCAAGGGAGACAAGAGGUCGUUGAGGCCUCCCAACAGAAAGGAAGAAGAGGCUUGGGGCUGACCUUGAAAGGCUUCGAUGGGAAGUUGACCGUCAACUGGAAGGAUGAGCCAGAGGCUGGUGCCUAUGAGCAAGUGGAAUGGUUUCCAGAAUGCACUACUGAAAUUCCAGAUGCUGAGGAAGUGAAGGACUGGAUGACAAUAGGAAAGAGGAAACUGGUUAUUGAAGAUGAAACAGAAUUUUGUGGAGAAGAACUCCUGCACAAUAUGCUGCAGCGUAAGACCUUGUUUGAUGAGCUGAAUGGAGAGGAGAUGCGCAGAGCUCGUACAAGAUCCAACCCCUACGAGAUGAUCCGAGGAGCUUUCUUCCUAAACAGAGCUGCAAUGAAGAUGGCAAACAUAGACUAUGUUUUCGACUACAUGUUUACAAAUCCCAAGGAUUCUCAUGGGAAGCCUCUGAUCAAGGAACAUGGUGCCGAACUCUUAUACUUUGCCGAUGUAUGUGCUGGUCCUGGUGGCUUCUCGGAGUAUGUCCUCUGGAGGAGGAAGUGGCAUGCAAAGGGUUUUGGGAUGACCUUAAAAGGACCAAACGAUUUCAAGCUGGAGGAUUUCUAUGCUGCUUCCAGUGAGCUCUUUGAACCUUAUUAUGGUGAAGGAGGAGUUGAGGGAGAUGGAGACAUCACCCGUCCCGAAAACAUCACUGCCUUCCAGAACUUUGUGCUGGACAACACAGAUCGCAAGGGGGUGCACUUCUUGAUGGCUGAUGGAGGUUUUUCUGUUGAGGGGCAGGAAAACAUCCAAGAGAUUCUAAGCAAACAGCUGACGCUUUGCCAGUUCCUCACAGGACUCUCUGUUAUAAGGACAGGGGGGCAUUUUGUCUGCAAAACCUUUGACCUGUUCACACCAUUCAGCGUCGGCCUGGUAUACUUGCUCUACUGCUGCUUUGAGCGCGUGUCAAUCUGCAAACCCGUGACGAGCCGUCCUGCCAAUUCUGAGAGGUAUGUGGUAUGCAGAGGAUUGAAGUCUGGCAUUGAGGAGGUGAGGGACUAUUUUUUUGCGGUGAACAUGAAACUCAACCAGCUGCGCAACUCAGACCAGGACGUUAACCUCAUUGUCCCCCUGGAAGUAAUCAAGGGCGACCAUGAGUUCUAUGAUUACAUGGUACAGUCAAAUGAAAGGUUCUGUAAGGCUCAGAUCAAAGCACUAGCCAAAAUUCACUCCUUUGUUCAAGACACGACCUUGAGUGAACCUCGACAAGCUGACAUCCGCAAAGAAUGCCUCUUGCUCUGGGAGAUCCCGGACCGGGCCCGAGUUGCUCCAUCUUCUUCUGAUCUCAAGUCCAAGUUUUUUGAAUUGAUUCAGGGUGAUGACAUAGAGAUCUUCAGUUACAAACCAACCCCGCUCAACUCAAAAACCAAGGAGAAGCUCCGGUCAGUGUUGGAUUACAGAUGUAUGGUAUCGGGAAGUGAACAGAAGUUCCUUCUAGGACUAGGGAAAUCUCAGAUAUAUACUUGGGGUGGUCGCCCGUCAGAUCGCUGGACAAGACUGGACUUGAAAACUGAAUUGCCAAGGGACACCCUUCUGUCUGUGGAGAUUGUUGAUGAGCUGAAAGGAGAGGGGAAAGCGCAGCGGAAAAUUAGUGCCAUCCACAUCCUGGAUGCCCUAGUGCUGAAUGGCACCGAUGUCCGAAAACAACAUUUCAAUCAGAGAAUUCAGUUAUCGGAGAAGUUUGUAAAAGCGGUCUCUAAACCUAGCCGGCCCAAUUUGAACCCCAUCAGAGUGAAAGAAGUGUACCGGUUAGAGGACAUGGAAAAGAUUUUCCUAAGGUUAGAGAUGAAAAUCAUCAAGAGCUCAGGGGGAAUACCACGGCUGUCGUACACCGGCCGAGACGACAGGCACUUUGUACCCACGGGAUUGUACAUUGUUCGGACUGUCAGCGAUCCCUGGACCAUGGCAAUCAGCAAAAACUGUAACAGGAAAUUCUUCUACAACAAGUUAACGCUGAAGUCAACGUAUGAACUUCCUCCUGAAUCUGUCUCUCCAUUUCACAUUUGCUACUUCAACCGCCUUUUCUGGGAAUGGGGGGAAGGCGUCAAAGUGCAUGACUCUCAAAAAAGGGAAGAUCCGGAGAAGCUGUCCAAAGAGGCCGUCUUGUCCUUCAUCAGACUCCAUUCUCCUUCUGACCAGUCCCUCAUCAAGUCCUAG